CGCCGGUUCCGGUCUCAGUCUCCUAUCCCUAUUCCUCGACCAGUCGACCUCGUUGAGCCGAGACCUCACCAACGGCGCACUUUAGUGGCCGCAUCCGAAACCGAAACACGAACAAAUCGCCUGUCGCUUUCACGAAUAGGCAGUAUAGAGACAAGAACGCGUCCCGAUUAUCAUACUUGAUUCGUGUGAUAAAACGGUGUCGCAUCGCCAUAGGAUGCUUCUCAACCGUACAACCAUCGUGUCGUCGAGGUAUCAUCACUAUCUUUGUCGUCGGUGUCCGUUCAACACGGAGCGGUUCGUUCCCCGCCAAGUUUCCCUGCGGUUCUCGUCGCUGGGAGACAACGUGGAAUGUAGAAACAGCGGCGCGAAUUGUUCGCGAGGACGAGAUUCAAGCCCUAGUGGCAAUUCCGCAAUUCCUCUUUAUGUCCAUGAAGCGAACUUGACAAGUCAGGAGGAUAGGUCAUUUGUGCCUCAUCAUUUUGGGAAGAAGCGCAAACAUGGUGAUGGCGAAAGACUCCAGCAUGAACGAAACAAGUUUUCAGAUAGUUUGAAGGGUUUGCCUAAAGUCAAACCAUUUGAUAUAUGCCUAUCUGGAAGUAGAAGUGGUGCCAAAUACACAGGUUCUUUGAAUGGGAAGAACAGAGAGAACUGGAAUGAAAUGGGGCACAUUAAAGUGGAAGGGACAAAACAGAGGAUACUGAGGCCUGGGAUGGUUCUACUCAAACAAUACAUCACCCUCAGCGAACAGGUCAAAAUGGUAAAGAAUUGUCGAGAUCUUGGUCUUGGCCCAGGCGGAUUUUAUCAGCCGGGUUUCCAAGGUGGAGGAAAACUUCAUCUGCAGAUGAUGUGUCUUGGUAUGGACUGGGAUCCUCAGACGAAAAAAUAUGAAGAUCGGCGGCAUUUUGAUGGCAGUGAGCCACCUCGGAUUCCUCAUGAAUUUAGUCUUUUGGUUAAAAGAGCAAUUCAAGAUGCACAUGCCCUUGUAAAGAAAGAAUGCAGUGUAAGCAAUGUAGAAGACAUACUACCCUCAAUGUCUCCAAACAUAUGCAUUGUCAACUUCUAUACUACCAGCGGGAAACUUGGUCUCCACCAGGAUCGUGAUGAAAGCAGCAAGAGCCUCUCUAAGGGAUUGCCCGUUGUCUCCUUAUCUGUUGGCGAUUCAGCGGAAUUCCUGUAUGGAGAUCAGAGGAAUGUGGAAGAGGCAGAGAGAGUUGUUCUGGAAUCAGGAGAUGUUUUGAUUUUUGGUGGUAAAUCUAGACAUAUAUUUCAUGGUGUUCCAUCCAUUAUACGAAAGUCAGCACCUAAGGCCUUGCUGGAAGAAACUGGUCUUUGUCCUGGCCGUCUGAACCUUACCUUCAGACAGUUUUGAGGAACCUUUCAAUCAUACCACAGGUUUGCAUUGGUGGAAACGAUAUGGAUGAUCAGCUUUAUCAUUGAUCGAUCUCUAUCUUAAUUUCCUAUGGUUCUUCAGUAUCCUCCCUUCUCUACCCUUCAUAUUUCAAAACAAAAUCAGAGGAAUGGGGAAUCCUACACGGCAAACACAUAAAGGUGUCAUCUGACUAAUUUCGGAUGUUGAAAGUUACUUUAUUACUUAUUUUUGUGGGGUUUGGUUUGGUUUGAGUUUACUUUCAAUUGGAACUAGAUCCGGUCGAAUUGAGACACAUAUCCCAUAACAGGACACAAAGUACACGUGUGGCAAUACCGUCAACGGGUCCAAUUCCAAAGCCGAAUUGCGUUACACUUCCGUUUCCACUUGGUCAUUAUAUUCGUGAUUAUCUAUUGG